UACUCUUUUUCUCUUCUUUUUUUUUUUGUUUUGUUGCUUUUGUUGUUUUUGAGGUUGAGGCGCGCGCGCGCGCACACCAGCCACUUCCGCAACGCCUCCGAGAGGCUCGAGCGAGCUAUUGCACCGCACGAGCGCGGCGGAGCGGGAGGGGAUUUCCACCCCCCUCCGCCACCAGCAGCUUCCCAGAACUCUUCUUGUUUUGCUUUCGAUCUGGACCCAGAAACAGAAAUAGUCCCGCUUUCUCUUUUUCCACGUUACAAAGUUACAACCCGGGGAAGCCGUCGUGACGUCCGAGCUCGCGUUUGUCCGCGUGCGGACAGCUGGCAGGACUCGGUGGCCUUUAAGGUGUGAAACUCUGCCGAGUCCGUGCGCGUCUCUGUUUAAAGAGGGGGAGAAAAGUAGCAGGUACGAGACGCUGUUCUCUCCCCCCCCCCUCCUCCUCCCCGCCGCGUCUUUCACUCCGCCUCGGCUCGACGUGAACGCCGGGACUGGCGCUGGGGAGUGUUUCUUGCACUUCGUAGGACGUGACGAAUCCCAGCCACCAUGCCUGUGGAGAGGAUGCGGAUGAGGCCCUGGCUCGAGGAACAGAUCAACUCCUGUCAGAUACCUGGACUCAAAUGGGUCAACAAAGAGAAAAGAAUCUUCCAGAUCCCAUGGAUGCACGCUGCUCGUCACGGUUGGGACCUAGAGAAAGACGCUCCGCUCUUUAUGAGAUGGGCCAUCCACACUGGUAAAUUCCAGCCAGGUGUGGAUCGCCCAGACCCUAAGACGUGGAAGGCUAAUUUCCGCUGUGCCAUGAACAGCCUGCCAGAUAUCGAAGAGGUGAAGGACAAGAGCAUCAAGAAGGGAACCAAUGCCUUCAGAGUCUACAAGAUGCUCUCGUGCACUGAGAGGAUCACUAAGAAAGGGAGGAAGAAGGGUGAGAAAGACGGAAGGACCAAAGGAAAUAAAGAAGUCGAACAAGAGGUCGCCUUUGGUUCUCCAAGUCACAGUCUGUCUGGAGCUCCUGUCGGGCCUCUGAACUAUACCACACAGGAAAUCAACCAACAGGAAGUGACGAAACAGAAAGAAGUUGAGAGGGACACGGUGUCAGACAGCACUUCAGCCAUUGAUAGUCCGGCAGAAGAUCAUGUGAUUGCCAGCGAACAGCUCCCGUUUGUCUGUCAGACAAUCGAGGUGACCACAGAAAAUGAAGAACAGACUGUCAGCUCCUCCCAUUCUUACCCGCUCCAGAUCUCACCUGUGUCUUCAUACUGCGACAGCGACACAGACAGUCUGCACAGCGAUACAGAGGACACCAAAGAGAGUGCCAGUCGAGCCUGGAGGCGGGGCUAUAGCUCAUCGGUGCUCAGGGUUCCUUCGUGCGCUCUUCCUAGCAUGUCCACUUUCGUCUCGGCAGCCAAGCCCAACUUCCGGAUCACCAGCACCCGAGACCCCGCCCCUAUCAUCAGUUACCAUGCCAACAGCUGGAUGUCAGACUACAUCCAGAGCGCUCAGCCCCUCCUCCCUGAGACAGCGAGCCACACCCACGAGAUGCGAGCCAGUGUUAUUAUGAAGACUUCUGAUGUCACUUCCUCCUGACCUCAGAACAAGGAAUGUAUCCAGAACACCGAAAUGACAUUGAUUGUCGCUUUUUUCACAUCAGGGCCAAGCAGGGCUUACCAGAUUAAAAUUCUUUGCUUUCACUGGAUUCUACAUUUCCUAUUCGGGACUCAUUUUUUCUUUCUUUUUUUUUCUUCUUUUUUUGCAUUCAGUGGCACAUAAAGAAUGCUGUAUUUGUGUUUAUAACAAUGAACAGAUCACAGUAUUUCAGACAAAAUUAUAUCCCACUAGCAAAUUAGUGCUACUGGUAAGAAGUUGCAAAGAUAAUCAGAGGCCUGAUAUUGUGCUGUGGCAAAGUGACGGUAAAAACUUCAAACCCGUGACUUGCCCCGUGAUGGAAAGCGAUGUCUGUCUGUCUCACUGUCAUUCUGUCUUUUUGUUGGCUGGACCAGCCAGCGGGCCAGCCCUACAGCCGCAAAUGUCGCUGAGCGACCCUGUUUAGAGUGACUGACUGACUGAGUGAUCAUGUUUAGAGCGACUGACUAGUGAUCAUGCUUGACAUGACUGGGCCGCUUGAUCAGGUGACCAACAACGUCACCGAAGUCACACGAUUGGUCGGCCGAGUGCUGAAGAGCAUGAGAGGGAGCGCAGUUAAAGCACACCAAAUAAUCACUCUGACAAAACACUCAGUAGAGAGUCAAAGACGUUGGAAUCGGUUCAUCUGGAUACAGCGUUUACUGACAUACGUUUCAUCACUCAACUAAGUGACAUCUUCAGUUGAAACAUUAUUCUUAUUGAUGGAUUAUUGAGCAUGCAUCAAGACACUCAAUAUUAGAGGUAGAGACAUCCACAGAUAGAAACAGAUGCAAGAGGAGGGAGAGUCACCAGGUAGUUAGAAAAGUUAUAAUUACAAUUUAAGAGUGCAAAGUAUUGUUCCUGGAACUGUAUAUUUAACUUUCUUUUUUUUUUUUUUUUUUUUUUUUGUGAUAUGCUACUUCAGUACACAUUAACAACAAAUAUUACUGGGACCACUACAGAAAAUAGCAGAUGAACAUUUAAUAUACUGGAAUUCACAUUAUAGACAUGUAACGACCACGGAUGACUAGACUCGCUAGCCGGUCGGCUAACCCUUUAGUUGACUGGUUAGCGCAGUUGCGGGCGACCCGGGUUCGCUUCCCAGCUGCCCCCUGAGCUUGCUACAGACACUACCACUGACUAGCCCAGUAACAAAUUGGCCACAAUUUCAGACAUUUGACCAGACAUGGUCCAGCCAUGUACUAGGUUUUGACCUAGUAUUGUUUUUUGUUCAGACACCCCUGGACUGUGUAUCCAUCAACAGAGACAGGCGGGCAGACAGACGGGCAAUCAAGCACAGAGAUGGAAAGGAAAACACGCAGACAUACUGACUGACUGACAGACAAACUGACUGACCACUGUGAACAAUGGAUUUUAUUUCUUCUCCCUUCAGCUCUCUACUGUUAAUAAUGUACAUAGAUCAUUUUAUGUAAGCCGCUUCUGCACCUUAUGCACAGCACUGUUGUUUGUGUGUGUGUGCGCGUGUGGGUGUGUGUGUGUGCGAGAGAGAGUUGGAGGAGUAAAGUGUGGUGGAUGGAAGCUUUGAAGAUGUGUGUGUUUUAAUAGCAUGUGGCUGGUUUCCCUGCCGACAGUAUAUGUGCUUUAGCCUGCUAGCUACACCUACCACAUAGCUAGCCCACAGAUCAACUAGUUGUCUGCACAUAAACCAGGCUGAUGGAGCACAGCAGGUUUAACUAGGCAGCUGGAGGAAGUGGUGAACUGAGCGACAUUGAUGGCUUGCAGAGUAUAGGGCGUUUGACUGCAUUCAGGGUGACGUGGAUCUGGGAUGUUUCCUCCAAUCAUCCCAGUUCACAGUCGUCUCAAAUGCUUCAACAAAACCAGACUAUCCCGUUUGAUACUGUGCAGGCGAUCUCAGACGCCUUAGCCUUUGAUCUGUUGGCUAGCUAUGUUAGCGGUCCGCAGGCUAAAGCGCAGUCCCGAUUGCCAGCUUGCCUUAUAUGCCUUCAACGGAGCCUCGGCGUGGAGAGGUCUUCAACCUUGUGUUCUAAAAAGUCCUGAUGGGAAUGUGAUGUGAUGUAUCUGUAGAGCCCAACAGAAAUUUGUCAUCCUUUGGAACCGGUCCUUGAACAGUUUUACACUGGAAGCUCACAGCCAUCAUGUGGCGAAGUCAUUUCAGAAUUCCUCUGCGCUCCCAAAAGAUAUGCAAUAGAAACUGCCAAAAUAUUUUUUUUUCCAUGUGCCUUCCAUGUCAGUCUUAUAUGACUAUCAGACCCAUAACAUUCAGAUGGAAGACUUCUCGAAUUGCUUAAAACAAAAGAUUUUGGACCACAUUUAGAUAGAAAGCUCAGUAUGGAAAUGUUUUGUUGCCUUUUUUUAAGAUACAUGGUCUAUUUUUUAUACUCCAAGCAGUAUACACUGGCAACUUUGUUACCCACGAUGACCAACAGUGAAUUUACUUUUUAAUCGAGCAUUUGUUCCCCUCGGCCCACUGUAUUUUCACCAGUCAUUUUCUCUUGUUGGUCACCCUUACAGCAUUGUGUAGAACUCCACCUGUACUUCCUGUGAUACAGGUCACAGGAAGUACUCCACCUGUACUUCCUGUCACCGUACGAGCCAAUAUUUCUUCGUUGGUCCACCUGCAUCAGUGCACUAUGUAUUCAAGGCAUCAUUUAAGUCAGGUCGGUUUUAUUUGUAUAGCCCAAUAUCACAGAUUACAAAUUUGCCUCAGGGGGCUUUACAGCAACACAACAUCCUGUCCUUAGACCCUCACAUCAGAUAAGGAACAACUCCCUAAAAAAAACCUUUAACAGGGAGAAAAAAUAGGACGAAACCUCAGGGAGAGCAACAGAGGAGGGAUUGAUUGAUUGAUUGAUUGAUCGAUCUCUCUCCCAAGAUUUAGGAUGAGAACAGUCUUGUUGGUUUGGAUUAGAUAUGGUAAACCCGGCUCGUUGAUUUUUUUUUUCUUCUUCCUUGGGAAGCAUUGUAAUAACUUGGCUUGUUUAUAGCUUUCAAAUAUGCACACUGGACUGUCUAUCGCAAAGUGGGAAAUAGGUGAACUUAGAAAUUUGUAGACCGACCGUGUUUCUCUACGUAAUGAUCCAUAAUGCCAGAGGCCUCUAUUUUAGUGGCAUCGUCUCAAGAGGUUUGCCAUGCUUCAUUGAGAUCCAGUACAAAAUAAAUUAAGUGCACCUAAAAACCAGAGCUCUGCUCUGUGUCAACCAUUUUAUGUAAAGGGAAUUUAUUCAACCAAAGUGGACGAUGAGACCUUACUGUUUUUAUGUUUCUUUUUGGAAAAAAACCCAUAUAUAUAUAUAUGUAUAUUGUUAUUGAGAUUGUCACAAUUUUCCACUUGGUGGUUGGUUGAUGUUGCCAACCUGUUUUUUUGCUUUCUGUGAUUCAAGUGUUUUAUUUGCCAGAUUCAGUGAACACAUUAUCGCCAUCAGAUGAAAACAUUUGUGAACAUGUGAUAUUACGAGACGGGCGCCGCAUGUUAUUUAACCAGAGAAGGUGCUGGAUGAAUUCCCUGCUUAGCUGCUUCCAACCGAUUUCGAAACUCUUCAAACUGUGUCUCUGGCCUUCUCUUGGGGCUUUGGCGGGACAAACUAGUUGGCCGGUGUGUCUUAAGACUUCACACUGAGCACGUAACCAUAAAGCAGGGAGGGGGCACGAGCAGCUCGGUGCCAUGGACCUGCCAGAAGACAGGCACGUGGCUAGGGAUCCUGUGCCGUGGCAUGCCGUCCGGGAAGGCCUCUGUUGUUGUCGUGUGUGGCCUUGGCACGGAGGCGCUGACCUCUGACCUGACACACGGCUGACAGCUCCAGCGAAGAAGAGUCGUCUCAUUAUCAUUGUGAAACUAACUAUGUUUAUACAUCCUCAUGUCUCAUCAGCGAAACUAUUCUUUUUUUCAAAUCAGAACUAUUCCUUGUUAUUGCUGGGGACACUUGACAGAGCCUCUGGAGAUCUCCAGGACCCCCCCCCCCCCCCGUGGGACCUGGCUGAAGCGCCAGCUCCCAACGGCGUCAUGUCAGACUGUUUUAUACUCUGCUCUUCAUCAUGGUUCCUAUCACACCUGUGGAUCAACAUGUAAUUCUGAAUAAAUAUUUUUAAUUGUU